AUGACCUUCCCAUCAGUCCACCAUGCGAUACUGCUACUUUUUAAUACGCUUGUCCUCGCGCAUCCACAACCCGUUACCGAUAUUCAGUCCGUCUCGACGCGGGAUCACGUCGAGCGCGACGAUGACUUCUUUGCGGAUGUGAAGGAACUGUGGAAGCGGAAGGGUGGAGGCGGUGGUGGUGGGAAGGGAGGUUCGGGGGGCUCGUCGGGAGGCAAGGGAGGUUCGAGUAGCAGUGGAAGUUCGUCUUCUGGGUCUAACAAACAUGCUUCUAGUUCAUCUCCCAAAGGCUCCUCGUCUUCGAAUACGGGAGGUCGGACAAAGACAGGAUCUGGCGUUACACCUAACUACGGAGGAGGACGAUAUUAUGGUGGUGGAGCAACUUCUCCUUACCAAUCCGGUUCCAGGUCACCUCUAGGCAUUGCCGCUGUUCCUCUGGCCUUCGGUGCCGGUGCCUUGGCAUUCUACCCAGGUAUCUGGCUCUACGGUGCAUACGCCUACCCAUACAGCCAUCCAUACACCUUCCGCAACCGCACCGCACACAACACCACAAAUACAACCACAACCACAACCCGUGAUCUCCAUUUCGACAUCGAGAUCCGUCAGGACACGGGCCUCAUUGAGACGAAGAAUGUCACAUGCCUCUGUGCAAUGUAUGAAGAGUGUGGUUGUGACGACAACGGAAAUUCCACUUUCCUCGACUCCUUGAUCGGCGACGGUUCCUAUUCAAACUUGAACCUCAGCUUAGUCAACGUUGCCGAUAUCAACGGCUCGAGUACGAUCGUCCUAAACGGUACUUUGCCGAACGGCACAACAGCUGCGGGCGGCACCGACGAUGCGUUCGACUCUGCCGCAAUGAGGACUAUCAUCCAGGCGAGCGGUUUCUGGCCUAUGAUUGCUUUGGUGGGAAUGACUGUCCUCCUGACCUAA